CUAAAGCGACAACAUUAUUGUUGUCAGAAGUCAGGAAACGAUUAUCGUAGUAUUUAUAUUAAUUUUUUAGGAUUAUUUUAUGAUGCAUUUAACUCGUAAAAAAAAUUAAAAUCUUUAACCUUUACAAAAUGGGACUACAACCCCUGGAGUUCGCUGACUGUCUUACAGACAGUCCGUAUUUCCGCACGAAAUUAGCUGAGCAUGAAAAAGAACUCGAACGUACAAGCAAAUUUAUAAAAACAUUAAUUCACCAUGGUCGAGACGUCUACAAUGCAGCAAAACAGUUCUCCAAAGCUCAGAGAGCUUUGGCUAAGGAUUUAAUGGAGUUCAAAUUUGAAUGUAUUGGCAACCAACUUACAGAUGAUGAAAUAUUUAUUUCCCAGUCUCUGGCUGAGUUUGGAAAAUUUAUUGAUAAGAUUGAAGAGCAUCGAGACAUUUUGAUAUCUGCAGCAGAGACACAGUUUGUGAAGCCUUUGGAAAGUUUCAGAAAAGAGAAUAUCGGUGCUGCCAAGGAGGAGAAGAAAAACUUUGACAAGCAAACAACAAAGUUCUGCCAGUCCCAAGAAAGAUAUCUCAAUAUGAAGGCUGGAAAGAUAAAUGAUUCUACAUUACAAGAGGCUGACACCCAGGUAGAGUUUGAGAAGAAAGCCUUCUACACAUCAUCCAUGAAGUAUGUGCUCAAGCUGCAGGAAGUGCAGGAGAAGAAAAAGUUUGAGUUUGUUGAGAUUCUUCUAAGUUAUAUGCUUGGCUGGUUGACCUUCUAUCACCAAGGCUAUGUGGACCUUGAGGAUUUUCGAAACUAUGACAUGACACUGCGUCAGUUGUUACAGAAGACUAGAGAAAAUUUUGAGUGCACAAAAGAUGAAGCUCAGACAUUGAUGGGGAAAAUGCUCAAUGAAAAUAAAGGCUUGCUUCAUGCAGCUCAGUGGAAACCUCUGGAUCAGUCAAGCACGUUAAAAGGUUUUACAAGACAGGGGUACUUGUACUUGCUGGAAAAAAAGGCCCUAGGAACCACAGGAUGGACUAAGUAUUACUGCCAGUACAAGAAAGAAACUAAAGAAUUUUACAUGAUUCUCUACAAUCAGAUGGGGGGCAAAAUGAAUGAACCAGAGAAAUUUACCUUGGAAAAAUGUGUCAGGCGAGCCUCCGACUCAAUAGAAAAAAGAUUUUGUUUUGAUGUGACUUUGAAAGAAAAGUUAGAUGACAGCUCUCUAGCACCAGGAGACAGCUACAGAACUUUCCCUGCCAAUGUCUUAAAAUCACCCCUGAAACACCACCAACAAAAACUGCUCAGAGACAGAUCUGUGUCCAUGACAUUUCAAGCCUUGUCUGAAGAUGACAGAAGGCUUUGGUUGGAUGCUAUGGAUGGGAAGGAGCCAACCUAUGCAAUCCAUCAUAUCAAGUCUGAAGACCACAUGCUGGAUGAGAUUGGUUUCAACUUCAUCAAGCGUUCAUUAGCAGCUAUUGAAAGUAGGGGUUUACAGGAACAAGGAUUGUAUAGAGUUGUUGGAGUCAGUUCAAAGGUCAACAACCUUAUAAAAACAGCCUUAGAUCAAAAGAAAGUAGAAAAACUCAACUUGGAUGACCCAUCAGCUUAUGAGAUCAAGACCCUCACAAGUGCAGUAAAAAGUUAUCUCAGAUCCUUGCCGGAGCCUCUAAUGACCUUCCAGCUGCAUGAAAGCUUUAUAAAAGCUGCUAAGCAAGAAAGUAAAACCUUAAGAAUACUUGAUGUCCACAAAUAUGUCCACCAGCUUCCUGAAUCUAAUUUUCACAUGCUUGAUCUUUUGAUUAGUCAUUUAAAAAAAGUGGCAGCCGAAAGUGAGAUCAACAAGAUGACGGUGGCUAACCUGGGUGUCUGCUUUGGUCCAUCUUUAAUGCGUCCAGAAGAAGAGUCCAUGGCUGCAAUCAUGGACAUCAAAUUUUGUAACAUAGUUGUGGAGAUCCUCGUUAACAACUAUGACGAGAUCUUCAAGACCCCACCUGAUGGCAGUGAAUCUAAAGUUCUUCCAACUACAAACCAGGCAUCGUCCAGGCUACAAGGUACCACAGCUGCAGCGCCUAGCAACAGCGAGCCUCCACCCAAGAGCACCAACUCAUCAGCUGCUGCAGCAAGAGUCAACCACUCAGCUACUAAACCUUCAACCAUCUAUGCAAAUCAAGCCCCAGUGCAUCCUAAUGCUGUUCGUCCAAAGAUUCGACCAGUGCAAAUUUUUAAUGCAAACACUGGAGGGUUUGAUAUGCACAGCAGCACAAGCAGCAGUACAGAAUCACUUAAUUCUGCCAAAAGUAACCUUUCACCCCGAGGUCUUCAAGGUGGGGUCACACCACCUAUAGCAGACUCAGGCAUUCGAAGGGGAUCUAAUAAUAAAGAACCGCCUGUGUAUUCAAAUGUUAAUGCAAUGGGACAUCGUGGGAAUCACUUGGAUUUGUAUCCUUAUUACUCAGCAUUCCAACCUCCACCAACCAGAUACAACCUGAACCUAUCUGGUGGUGACACUCCUGCCUUUGGAAGUGUGAAGAAGCGCAGCAGCAAUGAUUACUCGUCUGGCCAGGGAGUCAUGUCGUCGUCGAUGCAGGGCAGCCUGACUGGCAGUGUAUCUAGUUUGUCUUCUAGUAAACCAGCUCGCAGAACUGUGAUAACAAGGUAUCGAUGUAUAGCUGACAGUGAGACAGAGUUGUCCUUUGAAGCCAAUCAGCUGAUUACUAAUGUGCGACCGUCACGAGAGCCGGGAUGGUUAGAAGGUACCCUGGAUGGAAAGACAGGAAUUAUACCAGAGAACUAUGUAGAGUUUAUUGACAGCUGAAGACUGGAGUGUCAGGCCUACGUGGGAGCUUGUGAAAUAAAUGUGUAAACAAUUUUUUUAAAUGUAUGAUUGUUAAAUAAUAUAUUGAGUUGGAUAGCAAUCAUGCAACAUUAGUAUCCAGGUUGCAUGGAGCAACUAACACAAAUCAAAGUAGAUUAGAGUCAGGCUCUGUGUUUGCUUCUAGACAUGCUCAUCAGUGUUUGGUCCAUUAGAAAAUGUUUGGUGUAAGAUAAGUGUAGGACACUUCAACAUCUCACUUCCCAUGUGUGGGUCCAGCCCUCAUCUCUGGAUGUUCAUUGGAGUUGUGAUUAGGCUGCUUGCUAAGUCUGGUCUAGCUGUGAUCAUCAACAUUAACUCAUUGUGCUGUGUGCUGUAAACAGGGAGAGACUGUAACUUACACUCUUUUGAAUGGUUCAAAUAUUCAUUGUAAUGAAAACUUAGAAAACUUAUUAAAUAUUCAAGUUUUCUGAUAAUUAAUAUAAUAUUAUAUAACAUGUUUAAUAAACAUUGUUAGCUGAUAACUUAAUUAUUUGUACACAAUAACCCUCCACCCAAGGAAGUUCACUGAAAAUUUGUGUGUGUUUAUUAGCCUGGCAUUGUUUUACAAAACUUUUUAAACUACAGAUCUUUUAGCUUUGCUUUUAUACUACUCAAGUUCCUAUUUGGAGAUAUUUUUUUAAAUGUCCAUGUGACAUUUAAGUGAUGACUAGGUCUAUACAGUUUGGUUAAUGUCAAUACAUUUUGGAUUGUGUGUAUCCAAGAGCUUCAGUAUUGUCUAACAUUGCCACUAAACUGAAGGGUAUUUUAUUUGUAGUGUCUAUAGCUCCAGAGCGCUGUUCUAAUGAUUAGACUACAGUAUCUGUAGCUGUAUAGCACUGUACUAAUGAUGUGAGUACAGUAUCUGAAGCUCUACAGCACUGUACUGAUGAUGUAAGUACAGUAUCUGUACAGCACUGUACUGAUGAUGUGAGUACAGAAGUGAUGGAAAGAUCUUAACCUAUUUUAUUUGUGUAUAUAUUUAGAUUCUAUAGGUUCAUAUUUAGAUUUUUGUUUGUUCUAAGUGCCUCUCAUACUGAUAAAGAGUGCAAUUUUUUGGUUAUUGUUGCCAUACUUGUGUUAAAUAAUUCUCCCAAUUGAAUGUGAAAGGGCUGUUUUACUUGUAACACACCUACAUUAACAAUCUGCACAUUUUUUAAUUUUGUAAAUCACUUAGUGAGCAAUGAAAGCAUAAUAUUUAUUUUAAUGUUCAAAUAUUCAGCUUCAAACAAGGACUCUGAUCUGUUAGUGUUGAGAAUUUAUUUUACAUCUAUGCAGGGAUAAACAUUGCAUAAUCUAAAAGAAAAUAUCUCUUCCAGGGGAGCUAACCAAAAUAGUCCAUUGAUGUGCACUGCAUAUUCUUUCUCCUGCCAAUUUAAUGCACUUCAUUUCUUAUUUUAAAUAAGUAAUUUAAAAACUACUUGUAUGAAAGCUGGUGAGUUAUCUACUAUAGAUUUUAACCACUGUUUUGCUAUGACCUUCUGCAUUAUCACUAUAAACUUCCUGUGUAGACAUGAUUUUAAGAGGGACAAACCAAAAUAAGUUUUUAUUGCUUAAAUAUGUUUCAUAAAAGGCUUCUAGAUAAUAAUUUUUAACAGUAGCUAUAGUUGACAAAAAUUGCCAGGAAUUGAAGUGGCUUUCAGCUGCAUAUUUUAACACCUAGUUCAACCUAAAUUAUUUUAUCAAGUAUAAUUGUCAAAUACUUUUCCUACUUUCAUCACUUUCAAACCUUGUAUUGUCAUCAAAUUUAAGUAAGUUAGUAUUUUUUUAAAACAUUUCCUAGUUUUGUCAAUUUAAAUAAUAAACUGAGGUUUUUGUAAAAGUGACUAUAUAAAAAAAAAAGUUCAAAUCUUUUUUGUGCAGUAAUUCUCGCUCAAAUAUUUUUCUUUGUGCCAUGUUGAAAUUGUUUGUUUGUGUGCCUAAUUUAAUUUUUUUUAAUCAAUCCAUGACUUUUUUCUUUACCUAUUUGAUAAGAAACUGCUAGAUCUUUAAGUUACUAUUUUUUCUGACAUAAAUUUAAGAUGUACACCACAUAAAAAAUUGCAGAUCCAUCUACAUGCCAGCUGUUUAUUUAACAGUUUUCUUCUAUGUAACUAUAAAGUGCUAAGUUGAAAAA